UUCCCAUCAGAGCAGAACUCGAGCAGAUGGUGAGGUCGUCUAGUUGGGCACCAGGCAGUGAUGACAUACACUGCCGCACGACCAAUCUCGCGUUUGAAAUCAGUUGACAGGACUCGCUGCUCUGGUCAGCGCCAGGUGCUCUCUGCAUGUUUACUUGGAGGAGGGUACGAGCUCAGAGAAGCGCGAGCUCAAGGCAAGCGCUGUGCCCGGGUUACCAGUGGCGAUGAUAAAGCUAUUCAGUCAGCCGCGGGCGAAGCACAGAGGACAGAAGAACGGCUGCUGAAGAAAUCAAAACUAAUCCUCUGUGAAGAGACGUCGCUUUUUGCUAAGUUAAAUAUUGUAUUAUUUAUUUUUCAUAGAUAUAGUAAUAUUAUCUUUCAAGACUGAGCGCUCAAAUUGCCUGUUUUGCCUGGAGCAGCUAAGUGUGUGUACAGGGGGAGAGGCAUUCUUGUGGUUGAUAAAAUGCUAAGCUCCACACCUCUGCUCUGCCUCCACCAGCUGCACCAAAGCCCUGUGUGAUGUGGAGCGGGACGCCUGCAUACUAAUGGUGCCCGAACAGGGUGCUUCUCAGGCAGACCAAUGCAGGAGGAGCAGCGUGCCUCUCAGAGUUGUCUUGAAAGCACCAUAAAUCCAGAGAAUGCCAGACUUUGAUGACAAAAUUAGCCAAUGAAGGACCGCCGCGCUACCUUCCUGUUCAAGUGAGCACAGCACAAGACUUAUUCAGCUGAAUUGUGAGAAGAGAGAAAAACACGUGAGUGGAGGAAGAGGACAACCCUGAACAUCCCCUGGCCCCCUUCUGAAACGCACACACACUCGCAAUCAUCGCGGACUGCUCGCACUCUCACACUAACUGUGGAUGGACCGCAGCUCUAGAAAAAAAACACUACAAGCCUGUACAGGGAGGACACUGAUGCCCAUGACCCCACACCUAUCCUCCAGGCUGUCCUCAGGAACCCUGCCUCUCCUCUAAGUUCAGUGUGACCAGACAGAGAGAGCAGACAACAUGGCUCCAAGCCCCCUCCUCUGGCCCCCGCUGGCAUGGCUGUGUGUGGGGCUGCUGUUGCCCCUGGUGCGGGGUGGGGAGUGCCCGCGGCUGUGUGUGUGUGAGGUGCGCCCCUGGUUCACCCCCCAGUCCACCUACAGGGAGGCGGCCACGGUGGACUGCAACGACCUGCGGCUGACACAAAUCCCCUCCAACCUGUCUUCUGACACCCAGGUGCUGCUGCUCCAGAGCAACUCCAUCGCCCACACCAGCGGGGAGCUAGAGGCCCUGUUCAACCUGACGGAGCUGGACCUGUCCCAGAACAACUUCAGCACAAUGGAGGCUGUGGGCCUGGCCAACAUGAACCAGCUUACCACCCUUCACCUGGAGGAGAACCAGAUUAGCCAGCUGCCUGACCACUGCCUGCAGGACCUCAGCAACCUACAGGAGCUCUACAUCAACCACAACCAGAUCAGCACCAUCGCCCCCGGGGCUUUCUCUGGUCUACAUAGCCUGCUGCGCCUCCACCUCAACUCCAACAGGCUCCGGGUUAUUGACAACCGCUGGUUCGAGGCAACGCCCAACCUGGAGAUCCUGAUGAUCGGAGAGAACCCUGUCAUUGGCAUCCUGGACAUGAACUUCAAGCCCCUGGGGAGCCUGAGGAGCCUGGUCCUGGCCUGUAUGGACCUCACUGACAUUCCUGGGAAUGCUCUGGUGGGCCUGGAUAACCUGGAGAGCCUAUCCUUCUACGACAACAAGCUGGUCCGGGUGCCCCAGCUGGCCCUGCAGAAAGUGCCCAACCUGAAGUUCCUGGACCUGAACAAGAACCCAGUGCACAAGAUCCAUGAGGGAGACUUCAGGAACAUGCUGCGUCUGAAGGAGCUUGGUAUCAACAACAUGGCUGACCUGGUAUCCAUCGACCAUUACGCCCUGGACAACCUGCCUGAGCUGACCAAGCUGGAGGCCACUAACAACCCCAAGCUGUCCUACGUGCACCGGACGGCCUUCAGGGACGUGUCCUCCCUGGAGAGCCUGAUGCUAAACAACAAUGCCCUCAACUCUGUCUACCAGCACACCGUGGAGACGCUGCCCAACCUCCGCGAGAUCAGCCUGCACAGCAACCCACUGCGCUGCGACUGUGUCAUCCAAUGGAUGAGCUCCAACAGGACCAGCGUGCGCUUCAUGGAGCCCCUGGCUAUGCUGUGUACCUCGCCGCCCGAGCUCCGGGGCCAGCGGGUCAGAGAGGUGAAGCUGCAGGACUCCCCAGAGCAGUGCCUGCCCUUCAUCUCCCACGACACCUUCCCCAGCCACCUGAGUCUUGAGCUGGGCAUGAGUGUCAGCCUGGACUGCAGGGCUAUGGCUGAGCCCGAGCCGGAGAUAUACUGGGUGUCUCCUAUGGGGAGCAAGAUAACGGUGGACACGGUGUCGGAGCGGUACCACCUGAGCAGUGAGGGCACCCUGCGACUGUCCCACGUCCAGGUGGAGGACUCAGGUCGCUACACCUGCGUAGCCCAGAACACAGAGGGCGCCGACACACGCGUCACCACCAUCCGCGUCAAUGGCACCCUGGUGGACAGCGCCGAGGUGAUGAAGAUCUACGUCAAGCAGACCGAAUCCCACUCCAUUCUGGUCUCCUGGAAGAUCAACUCCAACGUCAUGACCUCCAACCUCAAGUGGGCAUCGGCCACCAUGAAGAUUGACAACCCCCACAUCACCUACACUGCACGCGUGCCCGUUGACGUGCACGAGUACAACCUGACCCACCUGCAGCCGGCCACCGAGUACGAGGUGUGCCUCACUGUGUCCAACAUUCACCUGCAGACCCACAAGUCGUGUGUCAACGUGACCACGCGCAGCGUGACCUUCACCCUGGAUGUGUUGGACCAGAGACCUAGCGCCGCCCUGCUAGCCGUCAUGGCCACCAUGCUGGCCUUCCUCAGCCUGGCUACUGUGGGGGUGUACGUGGCCCGGCGCUGGAAGAGGAAGAACUACCACCACUCCCUGAAGAAGUACAUGCAGAAGACCUCCUCCAUCCCCCUCAAUGAGCUCUACCCGCCCCUCAUCAACCUAUGGGAGGCAGACAGUGAGAAGGACAAGGAGGGCGGUACAGAGAGCAAGCCCUCCCCCGUGGACACCACACGCAGCUACUACAUGUGGUGAAGCGGGCCUGGCCCAGGCCACCCCUCCACCAGCACACAGACACACUUUUGCCAUUUUGGUGCAAAAGUCGUAUAAAAGUCAUAAAACAUUUUUUUUUGUAUUUUUCAGCUUUGCUAACACAUGGCAGAGUGAUAAAGGACAGGAUUUUUAUUAGUAUAGCGUAUCGCCUUUGUUUGACUCUCUCUUUUUCUCUUUUAUCGUUUGGACUAUUCCAAGAUGGCAGCUGUGUCUAGCUUCCAGAUUGUUUUAGUUGCUGCAUUUUAUUUCUGUGAUGCGUUUUUGAUAGCACAGCUUUUUGUCUUGUUGAUGAUGCAGCAGGUACUAUUAGUCUAGGUAAAGGUUCCUCUGGCAAUGUUGUUAGGGAUUGCAGUGCUUAUUCUCUCUUUUUGUAAAACAGGUAAUCUGUUGUGCACUGAAAUGUAAAUGAGUUUGUAUGGACUUCAAUUAAAAGCUGACUAAGGGGAUUAGACUUCGAAUACUGUCUACUGAAUAACUCUAGCGAUUGUACGGUAAUGUUGUAUCAACUAUCAUUUUAAACUCUUUUUUUGGAAUUAGUUUGCUGAUAAAUGUGCUGUAAAGGUAGAAAUGUGAAUGUUUGAUAACAUAACUAGGUACAGUAGUAGCUUUUUUAUUUACUCUGAAUUAUUUCUUUCUUAUUUGCUAAAAUCUGUUGCUGACCACUUACUUUUGUUGUGAUUUUAACAUGCAAAAUGUUGUAUAUGAGGAAGAAGUUUAAAUAAAUAACAUUUUGGUUUGUUUUA